AUGGCCGAUAAACCCAACCCUUUCCUCGACGAGGCUAAUAAAAAUCCCCCCCCCUCCUACGAACCUCGCGGCGCUAUUCAUGGUAAUGGUAAUAGCGAAAAGUAUAAAGCUUUAACUGGCGAGGAGGCAGAUGCUACAGCUGCCGCUUCUGUAAAUCCUGGCAUCGAGACUUCGGAUCCUAGUAAAUUGGUUUAUUCAGGAUCGGGAGUAUUAAUAAACAAGAAGCCAAGUCAAAAGAGAUUAGUAUUUAGGUUUUGCACAUUUUUGACAAGCUUUGGGGCACUUAUGUGCAUGGCAGGAGCCCCUUUGUAUUCAAAAAAAUCUUCGCCACCCAACGGUGCAAACGGGGCCGCCAUUGUAUUCACCUACAUUGAUGCCAACAAAGUGUCAAGAUGGAUAUUGCACGGAAUUGAUUCGGUGUUGGCGGUGAGUUAUGGCUGCUUGAUGGUUUACCUUAUCAAAGGAUUUUCAUGCAAACCUGGCACUGAGGAUGGAUGGUGCGACUUCUAUAAUUUCAGCAUAUUCUUUACUGUAUUGAGUUUCUUGCUAUACGUAGUUUCGUUCUUCUGGGAUAUUGCUGGAACAUUUAAAAUUGUGAAAAAGUAA